GAGCCCAGCCCCGCGUUCACCCGGCCCAGCUGCGGGAGCCCGACGGCCGCGGCGAGCAGGACACCUGACCCUUGCUCUGGGACAGUCUGCUGCCAUGGCAGACCCCCCUGGCUGCUGCUCUACCUGUGCCACCUGCCUGCUCUGCCCCUACAGCUGCCAGUGGAUCACCGCCAAGAAGGAGAAGAGGAAGGGCCUGAGAACCACCAAGUACGACUGCAGCUGGUUCUUUCUCCUCUUCUUCGUCUUCCUCUUCACGCUGGUGUGGCUCUACUUCGCUAUCAUCAUCCUCAAUGAUUUCCACAACUUCAACGAAUUCAUCUUCAGGCAGAGGAAGCUGUGGCUAGACUGGUCCCUGGUGCUGCUCAUAGUUACGGCUGUGCUGAUCAGCUACUCGUCUGUGCUGCUGCUCCUCGCUUUGUGCCUGCAGCUCUGCGGCCAGCCCUUGAAGCUACACUGGGUGCACAAGAUCCUGCUGAUCCUAACUGCCCUGGUGGUGGCUGCAGCCUUCACAGGGCUGGGAAUAAAGUGGCCGGAGGAGUGGAAGAGCGUGAGGAUCUCCCUGCAGGCUACAGGUCCCUUCCUGCACUUUGGAACUGUGGGGGGAAUGACGCUCCUUGCCUGGCCCCUGGCCAGCUUCAUCUACCGCACGCGCAGUACAGGUCUCAAGGUGUUUGUGCUGCUCGUGUUCUGGGCAGCGAUGAUUGCACUCUACCUGGCUCCCUUGGGAAUCACCUCCCCUUGCAUCAUGGAGCAGAACCAGCUGCCCCCCAAGCCAGCCCUGGUUGGCCAUCGAGGAGCACCCAUGCUGGCCCCUGAGAACACCCUCAUGUCCCUGCACAAGGCGGUGGAAUGUGAUGUGCAAGUCUUUGAGACAGACGUCAUGGUGAGUGCUGACGGGGUCCCAUUCCUCAUGCAUGACGAGGAACUCACCAGGACCACCAACGUGCGGGCUGUGUUCCCUGAGAGGGCUGCCCUGAACAGCACUGCCUUCAACUGGACAGACCUCCAGCAGCUGGAUGCUGGCAGCUGGUUUCUGGAGCGGAGGCCCUUUCCCACUGUGCAGAGUCUCUCCCCUGGUGAUCGCAAGGAGGCAGCGGAACAGAGGAUCCCGUCCCUGGAACAGGUUCUAGAGGCAGCCAAGCAGAGCAACAUCUCCAUCAUGUUUGACCUUCGGCCUGAGAACCACAGUGACUACCAGAACUUUGUCAAUGUCACCCUGGGAGUGAUUUUACAGUCAGGCAUCCCGCUGCAGCAGGUCCUCUGGCUUCCAGAUGGGUUCAGGGAAGAUGUCAAACAGCAGGCCCCAGGUGUCCAGCACAUCUACGGCCGGAAGAGACUCGAGAAUGAGGAGCCAGGGCUGCACGUCAACCUGCCCUACCAGGAUAUGAGCCCUGAGGAGAUCAGGCAGUACCGCCAGGACAACAUCUCUGUCAACCUGUAUGUGGUGAACCAGCCCUGGCUCUUCUCCGUGCUGUGGUGCUCAGGGGUCAGCUCUGUCACCACCAACGCCUGCCAGGUGCUGAAGGAGAUGAAACACCCCAUCUGGCUGCUUCCCAGCAGCACGUACUUCAUGAUCUGGAUCGUUGUAGAUUGCGUUUCCUUCCUUAUCGUCAUCUGGGCCUUUGUCUUGAUGAAGAAAUGCUCCCACAGAAGACGGCCGGCGGAGUCUGAGACGGAUGUGCUGCUCACAAAGAUCAACAGCUUGAUGCAGGAGUGACCGACCCCUCGUGCCUGUCAGCCGUGGGCAGGGGCAGCCGGAGCCCCGCACCUCGGGCCAGCGUCGAGGCUCCGCUCCUUUUCCGACUCCUUCCUGAGCCUCCCUUCUUGCCGUGGCCUUCCUGGCUCCUUUCAUGGUGCUCAGCUGCCCUCCUCUGAAAAGACUUGGAACUGAGUUGUCAUUUGCCACUGGCAGCAAGGAACUAAAGCUUUGCAGGGGUGGCCUAGAGGCAGAACAUCUAUCCAGCAGCGCUGGAGCUGAGACCUCUCCCUUAGGGUUUGGACAGGAGCGGGCAUUGGGGUCGCUGUUUGGUGCAGGGGGGGUCUCGCCUGGUUGUCAGCAGCUCUGCAGCCAGCGAUGGUGUAAGGGCUGUUCCCCUGGGGGCUGCCCUGUCCCGUGGCUUGAGGAACAGGGAGGGGUUGUGGAGUGGCUUCUCACAAGACAAAGGGGGAAGCCGAGCUCUUCACCCUCCCAUCCUGGACAGAUAUCCUGUCCCUACUGCUGCCGGCUUCAUGUUCGCGGGAUCCUGGCACUCCGUGCAGCAGUUAAUGCCUGUUGCUCGGGAGAGAAAAGGCGCAGGGCUGGGGCUGGUGGGUGUCAGGGGCUGGCAGGA